CUGGGCAGGGGUUUGAGGAGACUGAGCGCGGGUCUGGGUGUGGUCGCACGGGUGAAGGCCAUGCCUGUGGCUGGGAGUGUGCGUGUGUGUGGGGCUGAGAGUCCCGGGCGGUCUCUUCGUGUGCCUGUGUUUGUCACCGGGUGUGUGUCGCCGCGAGUGUGCGCGAGGCCACCUGUGUUUUCCUUUGCUCGUGUGUGUGUGUGUGUGUGUGUGUGUGUGUGUGUGUGUGUGUGUGUUGCAGGUGUUUGUCUCUCCGGGGUCCUCCUUUGUUCCUCAGUGUGCGUGUCUGCCUUUAUUUCAGUCUGCGGUGUCCUCGUGUGAAGGCGCCAUUCUUCACACGAGAACAGAUGUCUCUUCCUGUGCGUCUGUGCGUCUGGGUGUGAGUGCGUCAGUGCGUGUGUGGUGCGUCCCUCCUGACCGAGCCUUCCCCUGCCUGCGUGCAUCUGCUUUUCAGUUUCUGGGCAUUGCAGACAUUUGUGAAUGAGUGCGUUAGAGGUGCCCUCCCAGAGCGUGGAGAACACGGUCCUGCCGGACAGGCGGCCUGGCGGAGCUGCCUGCCUGCGGGCCCCAGAGCCUUCUCCUUCCCGCCCUCAGAGCCUCCCCUGGCCCUGGGAGGGCGGGGCCUAGGUUUGGGGUCAAGAAAGAGGGUCAGAGACCUUACCCCACGCUGACCCGGGUGGAUUUGUUCAGGGAGUGUGUGUUGGGUGCUGAGGGUAUGGUUCUGGGCGUUUUACAGGCCUCCUGGUGACUGAAGUAGGGACCCUCACCAUGGGCAAAGUGGGAAACUAAGGCUCAGAGACUGUUAAUUGAAUCACCCAACUCCACACCCAGGCAUCCAGAUACCAUACUAAACACCCCACAGCGGGAAAUCUUUGUUUGUCCGUAGAACAAUGGAUGGCAGGAAAUGGCAGAGAACUUGAACCCAGGAAGAGGGGGAGGAACAGGAGCAGCGGCCACCCCUGGCUCUGCAGCCACAUAUCUGGGGCCACUCUGGGUUCAGCGAUCAGCAGCCCCAUGUACAUGCCAUUUCCAGGACCACUGUGCCUUCAUGGCCUCCUUUUAAAUAAACUUGAAGUAGUGAUUGCAUUGCUGUAAGGACAAAAACAGUCCAGGCUGCAUUAAAUUCGCACUUAAGAAAUGAUGAUACAUUCUUUUUAAAUUUAUUUUAUUUAUUUGAUUACUGUUCAAGUACAGUUUUCUGUCUUUUCCUCCCAUCCCAGCCCACCCUUCAGUGCUCCCCACCUCCCUCCCAUUUCCAUCCCCCUUAGUUGUUGUGCAUGUGUCCUUUAUACUAAUUUCCUGUAAAUCCUUCCCGUUUUUCCCCUGAAAUUCCCUCCUUUCUCCCCUCUGGUCACUGUCUCCUUGUUCUCUAUUUCACUGUCUUUGUUUUUAUUUUGCUUGCUUGUUUGUUUUGUUGUUUAGUCUUUUCUAUUUUUUGUUUAAACAUUUUAUAUGUUUAUUUUUCCAGAGAGGGUAAGGGAAGUACAAAGAAAGGGGGAGAAACAUCAGUGUGUGGUUGCCUCUCAGGCUCCCCCUACUGGGCACCUUGCCUAUAAUCCCAGCAUGUGCCCUAGUCUUGCAUGUGUCCUAAUCUGGGAAUCAAACUGGGGACCCUUUGGUUGAUAGGCUGGCACUCAGUCCACUGAGCCACACCAGCCAGUGCUGAAAUGAUGACAUUUUCAAGGGUUCCUACUGCUGUCAGCUGCCUGGGCCCAUUGUGCCUCCUACGUAAGUCAGACCCAGUGGGAUGGGGCCAGAGGGUCCUAUUCCUCCCUCCAGGAUUGGGACUGGCUGUGUGGGCAUUGCCUGUGUGUUGGAGAAAUAUAUGUAUAUGAGUAUGACAUGUGCACCAAGUACAUGGAUCCUGAUACACUAGCUCAACCCAAAUGCCACCCUUAUCUUCUUGGAUUCCUGACUUAUCUUUCUGUACCUCAGUUUCCUGAUCUGCAAAAUGGGUGUGCCUGUGCCCAGGUCACCAUAGGCGCUGGAAGGAUGGCCACCCAGCUUCGGACCAAGGAGUCCCUGGGGUCGGUGUCGUUCAGAGAUUUGAUUGUAGACUUCACCCAGGAGGAGUGGCAGCAACUGAAGCCUGCGCAGAAGGACCUGUACAGGGACGUGAUGAUGGAGACCUACUGGAACUUGGUCUCGCUGGACUUGGAGACUGAAUGGAACAUGAAUGAACCGUGCGCAGAGAAGGAGUCUUGGGAAGACAGACCAUCCAUUGCAAUGGUGGAGGAAGGACUCAUGAAGAAUGGAGCCCAUGGUUACUCCUGUGAAAAAGCGGAGAUACAGGGUGACAUGGAGGGUCAGCAACACAGAAGCACAGGGACCCAUCUGGCGCCUUUGCACAUGUCCCAAGUGUUAGCUCCUGAGUGUUGUGAAUUUAAGACAUUGAUCUACCAGAGCUACGUGCUGGCCCCAUCAAGAUUGGAAGGACUGAGAGGGCCAGGGAUGUACUGUUUCAUCAUUUGUGGGAAGAACUCAAGUACUUCAAGCCCCAAUCUUCCCUCCCAAAUUUGUGCAGAGAAGACACACAAGUGCACACACUGUGGCAAGACUUUCAGCUCAAAGUCAUCCCUGUGGAAGCACAAACGAACCCAUUCCUUGGUGAAGCCAUAUGUGUGUGGGGAUUGCGGUAAGGGCUUCAUCCGGAGGGACAGGAUCAUCCUACACCAGAGGACGCACACUGGGGAGAAGCCAUUUGUUUGCGGGGACUGUGGCAAAGCGUUCAGCCGGAAACCAGCCCUUGAUGUGCAUCAGAGGACACACACUGGGGAAAAGCCGUAUGUGUGCGGGGAUUGUGGCAAGGCCUUCAGAGACAACAGGCAUCUCAUCCAGCAUCAGAGGAUACAUACCGGGGAGAAGCUGCAUGCCUGUGGGGACUGUGGCAAAGUCUUCAUCCAAAAAUGGAGUCUCAUUGUCCAUCAGAGGACACACACAGGGGAGAAGCCUUAUGUGUGUGGGGAGUGUGGCCAGGCCUUCAGACAGAAUAGGCGCCUCAUGGAGCAUCAGAGGAUGCACACAGGGGAGAAGGUGCACUUGUGCAUGGAUUGCGGCAAAGUCUUCAGCCACAAAUGUGACUUCCUUGUGCAUCGGAGGACGCACACCGGAGAGAGGCCAUAUGUGUGCAGUUAUUGUGGCAAGGCCUUCAAGCAUAAGGGUAACGUCUUCCUACACCAGAGAACGCACACUGGGGAGAAGCCAUAUGGGUGCAGUUACUGUGGCAAGGCCUUUAGCCAGAAAUGCAGUCUCCUUGUGCAUGAAAGGAUUCACACUGGGGAGAAGCCAUUCAUUUGUAGCGAGUGUGGCAAGGCCUUCAGCCAGAAAUGCAGCCUCCGCGUGCAUUCAAGGACACACACUGGGGAGAAGCCAUAUGUGUGUGAGCACUGUGGCAAGGCCUUCAGUGAGAAUAGGCGCCGCAUGGAGCAUCAGAAGACACACACUGGGGAGAAGCCGUAGGUGUGUGAGGACUGUGGGAAGGCCUUCAGAAGGUAUGGACACCUUACCAACCACCACAGGACUCACAGCCAGCAAAAGCUAUACAGGUGCGGCAAAGUAUGGCAAAUCCUUCAGAAACAAAAGGUGCCUUGUCUACCAUGAGGAGGCACACAUAGCAGAGAGGCUGCACUUGGG